AUGACCCCAGACUCCUUCGCCCAAGAUCUCGCUCUGGUGAUGGAGGCUAUUUCCAAAGGGGAGUGGCCCGAAUGCCCUUUUCAAUGCUGUGCCAGCGGCACCUCGACCGACCGGCAAACAACGGAUCGGCACACGAUCGAGUGGCUCGCGCUAUCCAGAACUCGCCGGGAGGAGAUUAGGGUUGCCUCACGGACUAUGGCGCAGCGACUGCGUGAUCUUCGAGACUAUGCACUUCGCGUGCUUACUGUUUCGGAUCGUGUUCUCGACAUCAUGCACGACUACCACCAGUCUCGGCAUCGGGCGUUUGACUGCCCGCCCGUUGAGCAGUGGAUUGCCUACAUCGGAAAGGAACUCUCAGACUACACUGAGAGCCCCUACUUGCACCGGUUUCCUGACGUUCGAUCGCCCCAUGAACUCCUCGCCUUGUGCCGAUGGACUCAGGCUGAGUCCCGCAACCUUCAUCUGCGCGUGCAGGCGACUACUGCCACUGUGGUUUGUGCUCUCCACAGUCCGGAGUGGCUGAAUGCUGCUUUCAGCGAUGAACCCUUUCAUCAGAUUCACCGAGAGAUGGAGAGCCUUGUUCGCUGGGGAUGGCACAACUGCCACAGAUCCUACGACCGGUUGGUUGAGGAUGGAGUUGAGGUCAUCGAGGCUCAGGGGGAUGGAACGAAAUCCUUGAAACGGGUUCUUGGGUGA